UCUGAGUGCGUUUUUAGAACGAGAGUGUAAUGCUGAUUGUUGAUGGAGACUGUAUGUUCAGGUUAUUCUUAAAAAUGAUUGGUGUCGCCUUGCAAAGAGUUUGGAAAAAUGUUUAACAUCUUUGAUGCAACUGUGUCUGUUCUAGAGAGAGAAGAAAGUGAAGUAUCGAAGCAUCAGUUGAGAUGUCUGUAUGGGAAGCGAAUUUGACCUUUGUAAUGCUCUACUGACAGACAGAAGACGUUUCACUAAUUGGCUUCAAAGCGGUAAACUCCCAGUGCAUCAGACGGUGGUUUUGUGUUGGUUUUCCCUACGAACCAACCUGUUCCACGUUUAUAGCAUCGUCCCGUCUCCGAAAUCGUGCCCUUUCCUUGUUUGUGGUUUGAUAACUGAAGUUGAUAAUCUUCCCCCAGAACGUGCUUUUUCUUAUAGAGUGGCUUAUUAUGCGUUACUUGAAGACCCAGUCCACGUUGUCUUGACUGUGUCCAUUCAUAAAAAGUCUUCUUGUCUUGGUGAGAUUUCUAGCUCUCACGGGACGUUGACUCUCCUGUGACAAAUUUCUCCAACCCCCACCCAACCGAGUCACCCACCCCCUCCGUCUUCCUUUCGAGCCCCGUCGCCUUUCAGUAGGACGCUGGGUAAUAUGGCACCUACAGAGAACUGUCCUCACCAUGGACCCGGGUAUUGAUGACCAUUCGAGUUGAAUAUCACCACUGAAUUUUUAUGAUUUACGUCACAACAACAUGAACAUUCGAUCGUUUACGUCAGACGUGGAUGAAGUAACAUCUGUUCUCAUAUCAACGCUUUACGAAUUGUUAAAACAAUGCAGUCAGCAGUGAGAAGUGACGAUUAUUUCAGAAUAACAUUUUUCAAAGGCCUCCUCUUCACUUGUCCAGUCAAUCGCCUAUCUAAGCCUAGUGUUUCGUAGGGAUCUGGCACAUUCUCAGGAACGUGUGCGUGUGUUUGUGCCAGUUAUGUGUCAUCUGUUUUUAUAUUAUUAUUUUAAACUAGGCCACACAUUUAUACGUUUCCAGGAAAUUGAAAGACUUUUCAAAUGAAGUGGUUACAAAAUUGUGCAGAGAUGCCACUAGGCGUAUUCUGAAUUUCGUGUAGUUAGCUUCAUAACAGCAAAAUGAAGUCGGCGUUUAAUGUGUCAGAGUGUGAUAAUCUGUUCUGUUCACGGUUUAAUUGUAAUAUAUAACACAGAAUUUGGUCCCGCCAUCUUGUGACAGAAAAAUACCUCAUUUUGAAGUUCAAGUCGGAGCGACGCAGAGGGCAGUUGAAGUAGACGAAUGCAGGCGUGUUGAAGUUGUACGAGGGACUGUCUUCAAAAUAAACAGGUUUUAAAGUAAAUUAACAAAGACAGGCCUCAUCUUUUAAAUGUCAUAUUUAUUUUUGGUACACCUUUCUCUCCUUAAAAUAGUUGAAAUAUUAACCGACUGUCUUAUUCUGAACUGCAUGGAUGAGCUGUCAAGAAUAUCUGACUUUCAAAAGUGAACAAUAAUUUUACGGAGACAUUAUACAGGCCCGCAUUCAAAUGUGCAAUGAUUUUAAAAUAGGCCUAAAAAGUGCCAAAGUUAUUUUUCUUCUCCAGUCAGCGACUAAGGAACAGAAUUGAAAUCAAAUAUAAAGGAAUACUCAUAGCAUACAUGAAGCUUGAAUUGGAGUGUGCAGUGCAUCGCUUAUGGGACAACCAAUUGAUAUGAGCUACUUUCUCAAAUACUAGCUUACUUUAUGUUAUGUGAUAAAUGUCAGUGAAUAUUGAUUCAUUUUGUUGUUUGAUGCUUGUUCGCGCUCCAACAAAGCCAGAGGCUUGCUAUCGGCUCUCAGAACAGCGCAGUUGGUGUGUUCAGGCAUACCAAUAUUAUUUGCUGUUAUUGCCAGUGACGCUGUAGCAUCUGAUAAUCAGAGCUUCCAACCUCAUUGGGACGUCCUCAGGUGACACAGAUGGAAAUCUUAGCUGAAGAACACUGUUAAGUUAUCAUAAUAAAGAUACGAAACUGAAAAGAAGACUUUUAAAUUGAAAGUGUAAUUACUGUCAUCGGACGCAGUGCUUUGUGUUCUGAUAAUACUAUUCUGUGAAGCAUACGGAUAAUUACAUUCCUUUAAGAAGGGUAUAGAUGAAGCAGCUUAUGUGAAAAAUGAAAAACGUACAGAAAUGUACAUAAUUAAAUCAAGAAAAUUAAAAAAAAAUAAUCAAAAAGUGGAAUAAGAUAAUCAGGUUUAUUUAGAUUGGGCAUCAAAUAUACAUCCUUUACAGUUCUGAUGAACAGCUACGAGGUACUUUAAUUCGGGAAGGAAAAAAUAACCCAGCAGAUUGUGCGUUAAUUUCCUGUGUGUGUCAUCGGUUCUUCGUGCAGUGGCCACGCCGAACACUCGUCCGAAUGACUGCAGUAGUGGCAGACAGUCUUUGUGCUGUUUGAGUGAAGUGUAGUGUGUUGCAUCAUGCUGCCAUACCAGGCGGUGGCGAUGGACUAUGCCGUUACGUCGUCGUUCCAGCGACAGAGUCCGGCAGGUGUCGCAGGUGCAGCUGCUGCUGCUGCGGCUCUCAACAUGAACCCGGCCUUCACGCACUCCUGGUUCGUACCGGCGGAUCUGUGUGUCCCGUACAAACAGAAUCAGAGUCCUCUCCUCGAGCCAGGCAUCUUGGAGCUGAGAAAGGAGAAGAGUCGAGACGCAGCGAGAUCUCGUCGAGGGAAGGAGAACUUCGAGUUCUACGAAUUGGCCAAGAUGCUGCCUCUUCCUGCAGCCAUCACGUCGCAGCUCGAUAAGGCGUCCAUCAUCAGGCUAACCAUCUCGUACCUCAAACUGCGGGACUUCUCCGGCCACGGGGACCCUCCGUGGAGUAGGGACGGUCCCCCGCCCAACAAGAGCGUCAAAGGUGGACCGGUUAGACCUCGUUCGGUGGCCGGGAUUGCCAUGGAGAUGUUCGAACAACAUCAAGGAACACAUAUCUUGCAGUCACUGGAUGGGUUCGCCUUCGCACUAGCGGCCGACGGCCGUUUCCUGUACAUUUCGGAGACUGUGUCCAUCUACCUGGGGCUGUCGCAGGUUGAGAUGACAGGCAGCAGCGUUUUCGACUACAUUCAUCACCAGGACCACGCGGAGGUGGCCGAGCAGUUGGGCCUGGGACUCGCUCAGGGGCAGAAUCUCUCGUCACCCAACAGCGCGGGCUCCGAAGAAGGCGUAAAUUCCACAACCGGAACCAACAACCCCGAUGUGGCGACUCUGAUGUGUCUGAAUAGCAAUUCAGCGUACAAGGGCUUGGAUCGAGCUUUCUGUGUGCGUAUGAAGUCGACGCUUACCAAGAGAGGUUGCCACUUCAAGUCUUCUGGUUAUCGGGUAGUGCUCGUCCUUUGCAGACUACGACCCCAGUACACCUUCUCACACACCCGCAAAUCGUCGCCGCCAUUGCUGGGUAUGGUGGCCAUCGCCAUGGCACUUCCCCCACCAAGUGUCCACGAGAUACGCCUCGAGUCCGACAUGUUUGUUACCCGUAUCAACUUCGACUUCCGGAUAGCACACUGCGAGCCCAGAGUGUCGGAACUUCUAGAUUACUCUGCUGAGGAGUUGACCGGGAAGAAUUUGUACGCCCUGUGCCAUGGCGAAGACGCUAACAAACUCCGAAAAUCUCAUGUCGACCUGAUCAACAAGGGGCAGGUCAUGACUCAGUAUUACCGAGUUAUGAACAAGAACGGUGGAUAUACAUGGGUACAGACAUGCGCCACUGUCGUCUGUAACUCCAAAAAUGCCGAGGAGCAGAACAUCAUCUGCGUAAACUACGUCAUCAGCGGGCGGGAAUACGAGAACUUGAUCAUGGAUUGCUGUCAGCUAGAGGACAGUGUGCAGACCGUUAAGAGGGAGGAGACUGGAGGCAACGAUCCUGAAAAUGGGUCUCCGGGAGCUGACCGUGGUGGUCGGAGUAGUGGAGGGCCACCCAACCAACAGCAGGACCCCCAUCGGUCCCCGCCAGAUCUGGAUGAUGGUUCCUCCGAGGGCCCUGGUGACCAGCAUGGAGGGCGAGGCGGUCGAGGCCAUCUCGACCACGUCACGCAGCUGCAAGGUUCUGCCGCACAGAUGACGUCUCAGGCGGUGGCAGCGAAUGUGGAUCACACUCAUCUGGCAGGAGGGCUCAGUAUCCGAGCACUCAAGAAGAUUACAUCAAUUGAGAAGGAUCUGUCAGCAUCGAGACGCGCACAGAAACGUAAGCUCACCCAGCAGGAAGAAGACAGUAGCUGCUGCAGCUCGGACGAAGAUGAUGACGAAGAUGACGAGCCGUCAACUGGACGGGGAGGAAAGACUCUUCUGCAUCACCAGGCGCAUCGGAGCACCGUCCUCAGUCCAGCAUCGUCUUCGUGCCAUUCCUCAACGACAUCUUCCUGUGUUCCAGCAGCGCCUCCAGGCAUUGCAUCCUCUUCUGGAGGAGGCCUCGUCAUUACUGCCGAACCCAACUGCGUGAGUCCCAAACCUUCGGUCCAGCAUGAUGAUACUGAUGGUGGUGGGGGCGGCACGUCCGUGAAAGAUCUGGAGCACGCCAUGUCGAAACAUCUACCUUCAGUGUCCCUCGGCAAGGGGGCCACCGCUUCAUCACCACCCUUAUCACUGCAGCAUCAACCCACAGACUUUAGUACAGAUGCUUUAUUGAAACAGCAGCAACAACGAAGCACUAUCCAGUGGAUAGGAGCACAUCAUCAUCACCUGAAUCAUCUGAAUCACCACCAGCAACUGCAGCACUCGCAAGGAUCUUCAGCGCCGCUCCCAGCAUCAGCCCUCCUCAGACAGCUGUACGCGAAUCGGGAGAGCGUGAUCCGAGCAAACGUGCACGCCGCGACGUCGGGCAUGCCGUCGUCGACAGGACGAGGAGGCACGUCUUACUACGCAGGAGAUGUGAACCAAGUCGGCCCACUUCCCACACCUCCAGGCAGCGAAGGCUCCUCCACUUACGGGGACCACCAGUUUGUGUUGUCACACAACCAGAAGUCCGGUGCAGGCUUAGUGAAUGGAGGGGCUGAUGCAUUCAGCAGCUUAGUUUCUUCCUAUUCCACGACAGGAUACUCUGUGGACUACCACUCAGCCAUGACGCCCCCUUCUUCUGUGUCCCCUAGGGAUAAGCACCAGCAGCAGCUCCACUCUGGAGGUGCUUUCGAUAGUCCCGCGUACUCAGAUGUGUUAAGGCAUCAGUAUCUAAGUGGUGGCGGUGGAGGAACUGAUGGCACUCCUGCACAACCUCUGCCUCUGAAACCCCAAGUAUAUUCAGCCAUGCAUCCUAGCGCGCUGGAUGCAGCCGCGGCAUACGCUGCUACAACGUCCCUCGACCAGUCGCAGUUCUACCACCAUUCUGCUGCAGGGGCAGGAUUUCAUUUGUAUCACCCCGCGACUAACAAGACGGUGACAGCCACAGCGACAGUCUACCCAGAGGCUUUAAAAAACUCUGCAAACUGGUAUUCCACUGCGUCGUAGUAUGAGCAGGCGAAUACGCGAUGACUUAACUGGUAUGAACGGUGGACGAAACAACCUUCUGCAACAGAACAGAUUUCUGUCCCCUGCUUAUUCAAAAGAUUCGUUGGAAGAAACCGCACAGGUGGUUAUUCGAGCACGUAACCAGUGGGACGACUUGAAGGAUGUAUAUAAAGUAACCUGCAUCUACACUCUAAAUAUUUUCUUAGGUGAUAUUUGUCUGAAAAACUGUUUCCCACUGAUGUGCAGUUUGAAUGGGCAGUAAUGUACUUAAUUACAUUUUAAGUAAGUAAGGAAGAUAUGACACUUUCAUCGUAAAAUAUAUAUCGUCAGAUUUAGUGUACCACACGUCCUUAAGACCAGAUUUUUCAUUUAUUGAAACUAGUUGACGAAAACAGAAAAUGCAGGAGCAUAUUAAUGUUUUUGUUCUUCUUGAA